AGUUGCCAAUUUUACUCUCAUCAUGACCCUCAGUUUUGACGAAGCCCUUGAAGUCGCCAACAAUAGGCCGAACGAGGGAUCGUGGCAGUCGCCGCUAGCCAUGCCUCGUCAGCGACCCCCGAGCGUCUCCUCUCUGGACGGCAUGUGCUUAGAGGUCGUCGAAGAUGGUCAACUCAACCUUGAUCUGUCUACGCCUUUCAUGGCUGAUAUGUUUCUUAAAACGUCGAGCUUACCCGAUGCCAUGACUGCCGAAGAACGCAGGAAAGUGGCCGCCGAUUUGGCUCCAACGGCCACGUUCCAAAUGAUCAAACAGAUUCCUCGUGAACUCCUCGAGCACGAUGGAGAGGAAGGUCAAGCUUUACGACAGCAGUUACUACGCGGAGCGACUGUCGCUAUGUUCUGCGCUGGUUACAAGGGUAAGAAAUUCAUUUACCACAGAGCAGCUGAACUUGGAGUGAAAGUUGUUGUCAUCGACGACGAGGACUCGUGGGCCCAGGAGAUGGUCGAUGAGCAGAUCAUCGCAAAGUUCAUUCCUAUCGACUUCGCCGCUGAUAAUGAAGUCCUUUUCCAUCAAGCUUUGGACGCUAUCAAAUCGUUGAAGGACGACCCCCUCGUGGGCCCCGUCGACGGCGUCUGCACCUUCAUCGAGCUCGCCGUGCCCAUGGCUGCUAGGCUGGCCGAGGCUUUAGGCCUCCCUGGUCCUUCAGUCGAAUACGUUGAUAUUGCUCGUGAUAAGCACAAGACACGCGCAAUAAUGACCGCUAAGGGACUACCGUCUAUCAAGAACUUCCUCAUUACCGAUCCCAGCCAGCUGGACCAAGCUGCUGAGCAUGUCGGGUUCCCUGCUGUACUCAAACCCAUUGCCGGAGCCGCCUCUCUUGGUGUUCAGAAGGUUGCGGACAUGGACGAUCUCAAACGUACCUAUGCUGAUCUCGUUCACCUCAUGGCUGGUCUCAGGGUUAAGGCCGGCGCACUGGAACGAGUUACCAGGGUUCGUACAGAUUCGACCAUCUCUGACGUGAUCGAUGGUGACGGUAUCAAUGCUGAACGCGUCAUUGCUCUUGACAUGAUGCUCGAGGAAUUCCUGGACGGCGAUGAGGUUGAUGUGGACUGUUUGUUCAGCGAUGGCGUGUGCAGAUUUUGCUAUGUCAUCGACAAUGGUCCGACUGUUGAGCCUUAUUUUGCUGAGACCUGGGCGGCUCUACCUUCUCUCCUCCCUGAGGACAAGGUGGAAGGGUUGAAGAAAAUGGCUCAGGAUGCUGUCACUGCUAUUGGAUUCAAGAACGGGGUUUUCCAUGUUGAAGGGAAGUUCACCAGUCGAGGGCCUCGUUUGAUUGAAGUCAAUGCCAGAAUGGGUGGUGGCCCCACUAGACUCAUCCACAAGCACGUCAGCGGCGUCGACCUAGUCGUUGAACAGCUCCUCAUGACGGUUGGCAUCCCCUCGAGACCGCCAAUAGAGCCCACUGGUAUGUGCAUUGCAUAUGCUUUUGUUGGAGCUCCCAAAUCUGGGGUUGUAGGCAACAUCGAGUUUUUGGACAAGUUCCGUGAUAUACCUGCUGUCGUCCAGUUGAGUGCUCUCGUCCACGAUGGAGAAACUCUCGUGGGACCAGAGGAAGGGAUGCCUAGCUGGAUCGCUGAAGUUGUCGUAUCUCUUAGAGACGGGCACAAGGCUAAGGAUUUGAUUCAGAGCUUGAGCUCGGAAAUAGCUGCGGAAUGCUUGUCUCAUAUGUAAGUUUCUACCAAGUUGACGAGCCAAGGUGGCUACCAAAUUUUUUUUCAUAGUCAGCGGGGUUUGAAUUCUUGUAAUUUGAAUCCUCGCCUAUGAAAUAGCUAUCUCUAUCUAUCUCGUCUUAAGGACGACCCAUCCCUUUCCACUC